CGCACAGACGCAAAGCACCCACACUGGCUGGAGUUGGAGGACACUCGGCCGCUUCGCUUCCACCGCUGCUUUGAUCCGCUGUCUUUGUCUCCCGGCGGUGAGAAGACCACCCGCACGGGAGGGAUACGAAGAGAGGGGCACUUAUUUUUUUUUUUUGUAAAGACUUUUAGGAGACUAAAACAUCGGGACUUUUUGGAGGGGGGGGGAGAAUUAUUUCUCACAUGAAGCAGACUGGAUCCGUUCAGUACAGCGGAGCGCACGUUGUUACGUCUUUUCAAUGGAUUUCAGUGUCGCGGAGGUACCCUGGGAAUUAAACUCUCAUUAAGUCGCUUUUAGUUUCUAAAUUUUCUUCCAACAAGGGUUUGUGUCACAUAUAGAAAGGAAGACGAUGAUCCUCGCGGUACUGUAUGUCGUUCUGCCUCUUUUGGAUGUCUUGUGUUACGCCGAGGAGAACCUGCGCGCCAGGCUGGACUGUGUCAGGGCCAGCGAGCAGUGUCUAAAGGAGCAGGCGUGCAGCACCAAGUACCGCACCAUGAGGCAGUGCGUGGCCGGUGGCAAAGAGAGCAACUUCAGCAUGGUGGCCGGGCUGGAGGCCAAAGACGAGUGCCGGAGUGCUAUGGACGCGCUCAAACAGAGCCCUCUGUACAACUGCCGGUGUAAAAGGGGCAUGAAGAAAGAAAAAAACUGUCUGCGCAUAUACUGGGGAAUCUAUCAGACGUUACAAGGUAAUGAUUUCUUGGAGGAUUCUCCAUACGAGCCCGUCAACAGCCGUCUAUCUGACAUUUUCCGUCUGGCACCCAUCAUAGAGGGUGGGGAACCUUGGAGCAGCUCGGCCACUUCGGCUCCAGGCAGGGGGGGCGCCCCGGGCAGAGGUAGCCCCUCCUCCACGGAACUUCAGGAUCCCAGUAGAAACAGGAGAGCUCAUCCCAAUUGGGCCAUACUGGGUGAACCUGCAGUGGCCAGAGAGAACAACUGCCUGAACGCAGCCAAGGCCUGCAACUUAAACGACACGUGUAAGAAGUACCGUUCAGCCUACAUCAGCCCAUGCACCAGCCGUGUCUCCACCGCUGAAGUCUGCAACAAGAGAAAGUGCCACAAAGCCCUGCGGCAAUUCUUCGACAAGGUUCCUCCAAAGCACAGCUAUGGCAUGCUGUUCUGCUCAUGCCCACUUAGCGACCAGACGGCGUGCUCUGAACGCAGGCGUCAGACCAUUGUGCCUGUCUGCUCAUACGAAGAAAAGCAGAAGCCCAACUGCCUGGAACUGCAGGCCUCAUGCAAGACCAACUACAUCUGCAGGUCACGACUGGCUGACUUCUUUGUCAACUGCCAGCCAGAGCCUCGCUCGCUGUCAGGCUGUCUGAAGGAGAACUACGCAGACUGCCUGCUCGCUUACUCGGGGCUGAUUGGUACCGUGAUGACCCCCAACUACCUGCGCUCACCCAAAAUCAGCGUCUCACCCUACUGUGACUGUAGCAACAGUGGCAACAACAAGGACGAGUGUGACAAAUUCACAGAAUUUUUCACAGAGAACACCUGCCUGCGUAAUGCCAUACAGGCCUUUGGGAAUGGGACAGAUGUUGGAGUAUGGCAGCCGAUGUCCCCUGUCCAGACCACCACCUCCACCACUACCCCUUACCAGAGGAACCGCGAACGCAACCCCAACACUAUCGACAACCACAUCAACACAGGCGCUGGCAUCUACCCCUUCUGUGGCAACCUACAGGCCCAGAAGUUAAAGUCAAACUCAACUGUUGAUGGGGUCCUUUGUGUGGACCAGAUAAACGACCCAAGCACGUCCAACGCCAUACUGAGGGACUCUGCUGUCUCCAGACGGCCCGCAGGCCUGGCCUCUCUGCUGCCCCCAUUGCUCUGGCUGUGGUACUGCAGCAUGCAUGCGCUCUCCUUGCUGGGCGUCUUGUAGCCUCACAACGUCACAGCAAAAAGCUAAAAUGGACUGACAGACACACAUUUGUAUAAAAGAAAAAGCAAAACCAGAAAAUAUAUCCUUUCUUCUUGGUAAUACCUGUUGUACUUUUAUUUCUUCUGGAUUCUCUCUUUUGAUUCCUUCUUUGAUUUUUUAUGAAUUUUUGAGAAGCUUUGUUGUUUUAUUGUUUUUUUUUCUUUGCAUUGCAGCUAUGUGCUAAAAGAGUGAUAUUCUCUACAUGUUAACUCAGUUUGGCUGUGUGUCCCCUUUGGGUAUUUGGUGAAAAAAUGGGGAUUUAAAGCUUACGUGUCAAACAGAUAUAAGCAAAGGACUACAUUCCAAAACACCACAGCUGGUGGAUCUUGGAAAGGUACACGCAAAAUGUAAGUUAGCCUAGAUUUUCAGAGUCACCACCCAUGUUUGUUUGUGUGUUGAGGCUAAUGGUGGGAUCUUUUGCUUAAAAGUCACAGUAAGUUCAGUAAUGGCUACAUUUUAUCACUUGGGCAGCCUUUUUCGGUGUUAUUCAGUCUCUGUGGUUCUGUGGUAUGUUUUGAUAAUGAUGUAAUCUGGUGUUUUACAUUUUUAUGAAAGGUUGUGGAUAUACCUUACAAAAAAGUCACUUGGAAGCCUUGUUUUUUAGGGUGAACACCAAUAUCCUAACACAUCAGAGAAGUGAGAACAUGUGCGCCCAAAUCGUCUUUACUGAACAUGCAUCGCUGCCGGCAAAAGCACACAGGCAAAGACCCACAAAUACACACAGCACAUAUUCACACAUACAGACCGAAACACUCACAGCGCCAGGCUUUUAGCGUCCUGUUUUUUUACACCUUGUUGUUGCAAACAGAGUGAUACUCAGAGAUCACAGAGCAGUAGGUCAUUCACUGCUGUGGAAAUCCACUCAUUAGUGAUUGUACAUACUUGUUAUUGUUAGAAAUCCAAGCCAUGCUCCAUUUUUUUUAAUGAAAAGCUGCUAAAGUGUCACCUGGGGGAUUUUUUUUAAGUACUUUUGAGUUUUGAUGUACUUUGCUGCACUGUGUCCACAAAGAUGAGAGCUCGUGAGAGAAAAGAAGCUAAAUGUUGUAAAGUAACUUGCACCUCUGUUGCUUCUAAGGUCAAAGCAUCUGUUUCUGUCCGUUCAGUGUUACAACUCAUUGCCUCUUUUGUGAAACUGUCAACAUGUGUCAGGGAGGAGGGUUCGCACUUAAAAUUGAUCAUUUGCUAUUCCCCACUACCUUAAAUUACUGUUACUACAGCAGGAGUUCCUAUCCUUUAAAUAAUUACCCUUCAAAUACAAGGCAUUAGACAUACUGAAGAAGAAGUAGACAGACUGUUGCUAUAUUUAAGCUGCUGACCAUCAGAUUUACAGCUAAAAGAAAAUCUGGGCCUGUUAUUAACUCUAGUUUGGAAUUAGUUUAGUAUUAUAUUGAUAGCACAUCUUUUUCAUCAGACUUCUAUUGUUUAUUUAUUUAUUUUAUUGUUUAAUUUAUAAAAUGAAUUAGAUUACACUGAUUUGUGUCCUGAGGAACAUCCAGCCAGGGACUUUGAUGUGCCAGCAUAAGGGCUUUUGCUACUCAGCUAAUGGCUAGGCUACAUCAAAUAGCAUAUCCUGCUAACAAAGGGCCACCUUUGUGGCACUACCAACCUUAUCAUGUUUGUCCAAAAAGCUGGAAUUAUAUUAUUCAUGAAAAAGACUUGGCAGGAGGAUCAUUUUCUUUACUCUUCAGCACAACUUCAUUGUCAAAAUAUACUUUUAUAUAUACUAUAGCAAAGAAUAAGACAGUGUUGCUCCAGGUUAUGGAAAAAAUACAUUACUGUUGUACUCAAGUAAAAGUGCAGUUACUCUGGUUUAAAUUUACUUAAGUGAAAGUAGAGGCACUGGUCUAUAAAUCUGCUCAAUUAAAAGUAAAAUGUUCUCAAUUAAUAGUUUGCUUAAAGUACUCAGUAGCUACUGAGGAGAAGUACAGUACAGUAUGAUAUUUUCUGUUUGGCAAAAACAACAAGGAAAAAGAUCGCCAACCAGAUUGUUCAGGUAAAGUCACACCUCUAUAAUAUGCUAAAACUCACAGCAAAAUUGGCACUGUUAUUUACACUCAUACAGAGUUCAAUUUAAAACUUUCAAGUGUUUAUACCAGCCCAUACUGCAAAUAGUUAUACUACACUUAUUUUACAAUACAACAGCUCUGCAGUAACUCUCAAAAAUCUGUGGCAACGUGGGCCUCCUCUGGGAAGAACAAAGCAAAGAGGCAACCUAGUAGCAAGCCGCAGAUGGAGAACCCCUGUCAACAAAGUCCUUCAUCAUAGCUUUUGUCCAGCUGGGCCCUAGUCUCAUUCUGGCUUUGGCUUUGUUAAGAUUACUGGCUAUGAGGGUAACAUCAUGGUACUACUAUUUGCUUCUGUAUGUCUAACCCUAAAAUUCCACAUGCUCCGUCUGCAUAACAAUAUUUUUGCCAGAGAAAAUGUAUCCUUUUUUAAGUCAAUCUUUGCAGCUCCACAGCAGGCACUCUAGUACAGCUUUAGGGUGUUCCAUAGCACCACUUCAGACUUGUCAGGCUUUCCUGUGAUUUGUUAAGAGUGAUCUGAUUAAUCAUAGGCUUUGUAGUUAAUUAAUAGCAUAUUUUGAUAAUUAGAUAGGACAUGCUUCUGAAUGGCAUCCAAUAUUUUGAAGCAGGAGAUGUGGGGUCUGAGGACAGAUUAUCCACUUAGUAGUCAAGCAAAGAUGGUGUUAAUCUAUAGAAUAUGGAUUUUAUCCAUAAAACUUAUAAAAAAAAAUUAAGAGCACAGAGAAUUUUUAAAUGUUCUAAUCAAAGUAACAAAGCUUCUUUAGCUUGUUGUGAGGUGGCAUCAGUGUGAUUAAUUAGCAUAUUUUCACAGCUGUCAUUAAUUAAUCAUAAUUGAUCAAAAAAUUUGACAGCACUAGAGAUCACUAUAUCAACAGUACAUCCAAUCCUGUCACACUAGCCGCAGGUCACCAGUCUGUCACAGAGUCACAAGGGUAACACGAUACAUUGGAUGAAAGAAAUAAUUUUUUUUUGGGGGGGGGGGGGGCCUUAUG